GAAAGAUGGCAUCCUUCGUUGCGGCUAGCCGUGCGGCAAUCAAGUUUCUUCAGUUACCAUCAACUGGACUACUCGCUCCGUGCCUGCAGAAUGCGGCUAUCGUCCAUCAGCAGCAGGUGCGACACAGGCGGACGAAGCAUUGGGAACCCAAGUGGAAGCGGUUGCGUAAAGCAAAAUACAUCAAAGUUGACAUACCAAAUCUGAACGAAAGACCCGAGGAUUUGUCGCAAGAGCAGAUGAAAACUCGUAUGAAGGAACGAGGCAUUUUACCUCCCCGUCCAUGGCUAGAGCGGCCCUUCUACAUCAGCUGCACCGGUGGUGUCUUCGAACCGUACGUUCCACCAGAGGGAGACGGGCGGAUGUCGGCGAUUUCGCGAGAAGGUGCCAAGCAAAAGAUUGAACAGUUGGAAAAGAAGACUAAAUCCAUGAUGGCUAUCCGUAAGAUUCGAAAUUACGACGAAGAUUUUGAUACGUCAGAUUUUUCAACGGCUGCACAGGAUAUCUACAUAGAGGCGCACAAAACGUUGUGCGAAAAGAACAAGUACAAGUUACGAGAGAUCGUUACCGAGCGUGCUUACCCGGAGCUGAUGCAUAAUGUGGCCGACAAGACGAUUCGUUGGCAGUUUUUAAAAUCGCUCGAGCCUCCACGUGUUGUUCAUGCUCGUUGCACCGAUGUUAUCACGAAGGAAAACAUUUUCGCUCAGGUAACGGUGCGUUUUCACAGCCAACAAACAUUGGCGAUCUAUGACCGCUUCGGCAGGUUAAUGCACGGCAGUGAAACAAUACCCAAGGAUUGUCUCGAGUACGUUGUAUUUGAGAAGCAUUUAGCCAAUGAGUACGGUGUGUGGAGGUUGCAUGAGAAAAUUAUUCCUGAUUGGAUGCCACCGAAGGCACCGGCUCUUAUCACUUACCGCAUGGACGAUGAACCGGUAGCAGGGGCACCCGAAGAUGAAUCAAAAGAAGUGGAUACUGUGAAAGAGAAUCAGAAAAACGAAGCAGUGUCUACAGCUUGA